CAAAAGUUUAGGUCGCGAGUGAUAUAUUCUUACAGUUGAAGGUUUAUAAAGUGAAGAGGAUUGAAGUCUGUUGUCUGUUUAAACGAAAACUAUGUUGAUGCUGUAGCCUACUUUUUAAGAAACAAAAUAUUUGAAUUUAUCGAUUCUGUGUGUUGUACUGGAUAAGCUUUUAUAAUGGAAUAAUAUGUUCGUACUCCUUCAGUUUUAUCUCGGUCGAUUCUAAUUUAGAGAUAAGGUUGAUUAUGGUUUUGCUGGUGGUUAUGCAAAGAUGAUUUUCCUCUUUCCUUCUAUGGUUCGUUGGCAUAUCCAUCGUUCAUCAUCUUUAUCGUUGCAUGGUAUCCUGUCUUGACGGGUUGUUUGGUUGGAGCAUAUAGGUUCUAAUCACGUUGUAGCAUAGAGGUUCUAAUCACCUUGCUGCCACGGAUGGCGUCCCGUGGGGGAAAGUCAUGCUGCGUGGUGGUGUGGAGUGGUGUAUUUUUCGUGCUAAGUGUGUAUCUCGCCACCGUGUGCACCAAUGUCCACAUACUAGCCACGUGGCGACGGAUUUUUCUUCAACCGGAGGAGCAAGAUUCCAGUGCUAGCCUUUCCUCUUCCGACAAGCAACGUCAAGCCGAUGAUGGAUCUAUUCUUGAUUCAUCAGACGAAAGAAGCAGGACACGGCAAGGCGACUUUGAUACGAGCAAGCCUCUAGCUGUUCCCCUCUUUUUCUUGCAGCAACGGGAAACAUCAAACCAUGAGCGGGCAGGAGAGCUCGCAGACAAAGUUAAGUCGCCGACAUCAAGGAUCACCGUCGGCGCAGGGGCGGGAUUGCAGCCCUUCGGGUCUACCGUAGACGAUCAGAGAAAUGACGAUCAUCUCAAUAAUGGUGCAAGUAGAAAUACUGCAUCUUUAGGUAGUAUUGCCACAGCAGAGAAUCAAGCAACGGCUGCAACCGGGGACCCAAGUCUUGCUCUUCCAUCACAACAAUACAACAGCCAGAUGCAGCGAGAGGAUCAGGGGGGUCAUGAUGAGCCUCGGCCACAAAAGUAUAAUGCUAGCGAAAAAUCGGAGGAUACGAGCAGAGAAAAACUGAAGGAGCGUGCGUUACGUCAAGCAGUCGUCACGUAUCACGAUGGGCUGCCUUUCGUCAUGCUUCUCGCAACACAGUUGAGCCUCCUAUCAGGUGGAAAGCUGGACCGUGUCACGCACUUGAACACACUAGUUGCCUUCGCGGUAUGAUCAUUUUAUGCGUUCUAAGCUUGGAUAGUUGUGCCUUCUUUUUGUCGAUCAUAUUGCCGCGCAAAUAAGUACAGGACAGUGCAGUAUUUGUACGCAUGGUGACAGCAAUAUUAGAGUUACAAGUUACGUACAGGUUUUGAUUGGCGGCAUCUUGAAGCUUUGGACUAUUGGCCCAGAGGCGUCCGCCGAAAGUCUACUGCAGAACGGGGUUGUUCUCACUGAGUCGAUGGUUGCCGUUGCCUCCUCCACAUGGCACUACGUGUUUUUAAACUUAGACAACCUGGUGUAUGCCUGCGAUGGAGGGCUCUAUUCUACGCAUGUCUUUGUUUUUGUCCUGGUUCUUUGCGUCUGGGUGCACGAAAUGAAGCUCCUAGGAGUCACCGAGCGAUCGCGCGCGAUUCUAUUCGCGUCCGCCGUAUCGGUCUUCUGUGUCGCAGGCUUGUGCUUGGAGAAGCACUAUUUAAGCGGCAUCCUCCUCGGCGUGUUCUUGCCAUGGAUGCUGUACGAAUCAGAGGUGCUAGAGGAAUUCGUCGUGGACUUGUGGACUGUAACGUGUGCGCCGCCCGCACGCCUAUUGAGUUGCUUGUUCUUCGAUCCCGGCCUGUGCCCAACUGCUAUAGUAUCUCCUAUUUUCCAUUUCUUCGGAUCGUCUUCGUCGAAACAUCAAAGCACAGCGAAUGGGGGAGCAAAUCAUCCUCUCGGUGGGGAUCCGUCUCGAAACUUACACCAGAAUGAUGACGAAGAUAGAUACAAGUGGAGGGCGGACGAUCCCGACUCCGUUUUGGUCACGACAACAGGUUCCGAGAGUGGACGUUUCUGGAUGCAUGCAGGUGUGCCUUCACAAAGUUCUGUCACCCACACGACUGGGUCAACAGGAGGCAGCGCAGGAGGCGAUAAAAAUGUUGGGCAUCGGCCAUCAUUACGAGGUGGCGGAGGCGGAGGGGAGAUGAAGCGUGACAGAUUGAUGGGAACUGCGGGGAGUAGGCGUCGACAUGGAACGACCUUUUUUUACGACAUGAACCAUCCGCUUUAUCCGCCACACGCACUGAUCUCGGGAGGAAACAAGACCAGCGUUGGCUCGCGAGGCAUUCCCAGUGAUGGAAGGGGUACUUCAGCGCUGGGCUUCGAUUCCAGCGCACCGGGGACCACUAUGAAGGCCGAUUCGUGGAACAGGUCACAUCUUUACUACGACGGAGAAGAUGUUGAUGGAGGUAUCAAUCAUCGGGGAGAACAAGAUGUUGUGUACCCUUCGUCCAAUAUUGGUGGUGGUCGGAAAAGCGUGCAUGGUGGCAGACGGACAAGCAGUCGACGUGCUUCAACGUAUAACAAUUAUCACUCCACCUCUUCGUCUGCGUCCCUUGCCUCUUCCAGGCUGUUGCUGAAAGAGCACCACAACAACUUCUACGGAGGCUCAUUGCGGGCGUCGCAACUUGUUCGCGGUAGCUCGGGUAUCCCAGUACUGACAGGGGUAACUAAGCGUAGUAGCAGCAGUGGCGCCAAUUUCGCGAAUCAUGAUAUGAGCAGGACGAGCAAGCGCAGCGCACGCUUAUCCGGGACCAAUCACACUCUCCAUAAUUUCGGAAGCGCUGGAGACCUCUCUGCCUAUCUUGGAGACGGCGCGAUGCAUAAACAUAAUACCCGAUUUUCAGGAGCAACGCAGUUUGCGGGUAGCGCUAGCACGCACCGGCGAACACGGUCGCGAUCCAGCAAGGACACUGUGCUCAGCGGAAACACCGGAGUGAGCAGCACACACACGACACGCGGUCGCGAGAGUGUGGCAAGCGGUCGGAGCAAGAGCCUCCGGACGGUCCUCUUUAGCAGUUACAAGAACAAGCAACUCGAUGGCCGCGGUACGAAGCCAAGCCGCAAUCGCGGAGAGCACCCCUUAAUGCCAGGCGGCGUCACAACAGCUGGAACGAUUGGGAGUCGCGCUAGUUUCGCUGGCGGCGUUGCCGGCGUUUCGCAGCAGCGCUCUUCAGCGUCGUUACUGGAGCCUGAAGAAAGUGAUGCGUCGUCACUAGAUGACAGCUGCCGCAGACACUUGGACCUGGACCUGUCGCAAAAUGGUGACCUUCAGAGUGGCGAUCACUCUUAUUCGCUUCGUCGCUCGUCAGAGAACAGGCACUCAUAGAUAUUUUUGACAUUGAUUUGUGCUUCGUCGCGCAGAAGUCAAGUUGUGUCGAAAAAUCCGUUUGUUCAUUCAUUGCUGUAGUCGCGACCACGUUAAUGAUAAUAAGCUUGAGAGGUUGCUGUCCUUAAUUGAACCUCACAGGCAAAAUGAAGUCGAGGUCGACGAAUGAAAUUUUCUUUGCCAUCUUAUAAUAUAUAUAUACUUACUUAUCAGUGCGAAUCGGCGGUUGUCCGAGAAAAGCGUUGCGACAAGCUCCCCGCUAUACGAGAGCGCGACCGCGAAUCCGGGAAUGCGGCUGCUGGAACAGAUUCCAACGCCUCGUGGCAGUAAGCUUGUCCUUGUGAACCACGGUGCGGCACCAGGAAGUCUCAACAGCGUUUUUGCGUCAAGCAGUACCGCGUUUAAUCCGCCAGUCGCUUCGACGAGCACAAACGCAGGCUUUGUGGCCGCGGGGGCAAGUGGAACUCCAAGAGUGGCUCACGGGACGUCUGAGCAGGUAGCGAAUGGCAAUCACGGCGUUGGAGUUGGGCGGGAUCAGCAGCCGACGUCUAAUAUGGGGCAAGUGAAACAACAACAGCAAGGCCGUGGUUUUGUAGCGUCGAACGGAGUGCCGAACACGAAUUCAAAUAUUCAUGUGGUCGUAACGCCGACAGAUACCGCGAGCCCGCCUGGAACUGCGUCGCCGCCGUCAGGAGUUACGUCGGGUUCAGGCACUGCGGGAGUGAGCGCAGCCAGCGGCCCUGGUGGAGCAAAUGCUGUUUCACGACCGUUUUCGGGGGGAGCAAAUGCAGUGGUCUCGACAACGACAACCGGCGGUGGCAUCGCGUCGGUCGUAAGCACGUUGGGGCCGAUGUUUGUGCCUCGUGUCAACAGCAACAGCAGUUUCGGUCCCCAGUUACAAGCGGUGUCAGAGGAGGUCCUAGCGUCGUCAGGCAGCAGCUCGUCCGCGGCGUCGUCUUCGAUGGAGGCUGGGUCCUCGUGCUCCUCGAGUGAGUUGGGGUCUUCCGCGUCGGAGGUGUCAGACGAGGGCGUUGAUAUGGGGAGAACCAACCCCAGUUACCGUCGUGCAGUCACACUUCUGAAUCGUAUGUCCCGUCGAAGCGGAUCCCCAUCACCGAGUGACGAUUCGAGCCGAUUUUCUUCAACACGAGACUCAACAGUGCAACGACGAGCGACCGUAGUUGUUCAUCCCUUUCAGAACAGCGGUGGGGGGCCAAGCAACUAUACUGGUGGGAUGAAUUACCAUAACCAGCAAUAUGCUAAGGCCAGCAAAAUUGUUGAUGCUCAUGUUGUGAAAAGCAAGGAGCAAGUAUAUUACCGGUUGUUGUAUCAUUAUCAUGAAUGAAGAUGAACACUUUUUGUACUGCGACUAAGGAGGUUUGUUAUAGACGUUUUUAUGCACUAUGUAUAACUCUAAUACGAGGGGCCAUCUGAUGAACGGCAAUAUGCAACUACAACCUGGCACCAGCACGACUGCGGUUCCUGCGCUGGGCGCUUCCUACAAUGGACGCGUCGGAGGGAGCGGUGAUCUUAUGCUUGCUCCGCACCAGAGCCCACCUCCGCACCAGAGUGUACCGAUGCCCAGCUGUAGUACUAGCGGAUCGACGCAUUUGCAAAAUAGUCACAACACCUAUCCACCUUGGAGCAACCAUUACGGAGGCGGAAAUCACAGGCGCAGCCGUAUAGGCGGGACUUUCGACACUUUUCGCAGUAAUCACACGUCCGGUGUUGAGCAAGGAUUGAUCGCCAACCUGCGUCCACCAAAAGCCACGACACCUGGAACAACAAUAUCUAAUGAAGCGGAGCAGCAUACAGAACAAGUUAAUUCCAAACAAGCAUCUGGUCAUGAUGACCUUACGAAUGGAUUACACCAUGGAGUGGAUCCAGGUGGAGCGUCUGCUGCAUCGGUAGUAUCGAAGGGCGGCGGGGACGUAGAGGUCGAUGAACGUAGCAUUGAGGCCCAACCACAACGCAGAAGUACAUUGCAGGAGAGUUCUUCCGCAGAAAUGGUAACGAGCCAGUCGGUCGAGUCCAACCGUGCGUCCUCUACCCCAUUUUCCGAUAGUGCUGGGGAUGGCGCGAAAAAUACGCCUACGACGAGCAAAAAAACGACGAGCCCGGAAGACGUGGACGUGGUCGACCAGCACUUCAAAGCAGUCGCGAUGUCUCAUCCUCCACAAAGUAACAAUUACCUUGGAGCAGCCGGAUUGAAGCAGGUCUCUUCCACUGUGGACCCCUUGAUGAAUACUGGACGUACUACUUUUAACUCUCUUAUUCUGAGCACUGGUGGUGUGAAGCGCCUCUCGGAUGAAGACGCAGGUGAAAUGUGUACAGACGUCGUGAUCACGGGCGAAAACCUUUUCGUCGUCGGACAUCCUCAAACCGAGCUUGCAACAGGAUCGCCGAAGCAACAAGUCUCGUCCUAUCAACAUGUUGAUACAACACUUUUUUCUUGUAGUGAAGAAAAUCAACCACGUGCAAACGGACAUGGUAUUCCGUCUACCGGACGAGAGGUUUGCGAAAGCGUUGCUGCCUUUGUUGAUACGACGGGCAAAGGUGCAGGCAUACCAACGACCAUGAUGAACCGAAACGGUAUCGAGGAGCAGGCCAAGGAGACGAGGAGAGAAGACCCUCCUGGCGAGCAGCAGACGCCUAAACACUAUAUUGAUGAUCAGGACAAUGCUCUAGGGCAUUCGACAAUCAUGACGGAUACAAACGUCGUAGGAGGAGCUGGAGAGAGUAAUGCUUCGAAUGGUGGGACAAAUUCAAGUUUCUUAGGCAAUCAUGCUGCACCUACUACAACUAAGGUUUUGCAGACCAGUACGAUGUUGUUGCAGCAGAUGGGUACUUCUAUUUCUAGUAGUACGGAGCAUCAAUCCGGAAUUCUGAACACGACGCAAUCUGCCCAGAGUGCAGGUGGUCCGCUGAGCACCUCGCAGAGGGUCGAGGAUAGUACACCCAAAUUCGGCGCGUUUUCCCCUUCCGCCACGCAGCACAAUCUGGUGCCACGGGUGUUCCCACCGCGCGUGGACGAGGAGGAGCCCUCAAUUAAGGGUCAAAAUAUUUCAUCUUCUUCGCUGCAAAUAACUUGUUCUCUCAGUUGUUUCCUUCUGAAGUUUCUGAGAAAAUGAACCCAAGAAAUGGAAUGUUCCGCGCUCUAACUCAAGCAGUCCAACGAUCGUGAAGAGUACCUCAUCCAGUGGCGCAACGUCCUCUUCGCCGGACCACGCGGCAUCCGAGGAUGAUGACAAAACACACGUGAUCGACUCCAAUUUGCCAAGCCUCUCCCCACAAACCCGCUUGUGGAGCGCACGGUCAGGACGGUAAAGACCUUAGUGCUCCACCUCAAGCAUGAGGUGAAGGUGUUCACUUGCGAACUUCAUUAUUUACUAUAAAUUGUCUUGUUUGAGACUGAAGUAGGAGCCGUCGUGUUUACUCACUUCGACUCAAGAAGCUCUGGCGCGGGCAUUUCCUUUUGUGAAAUGGAAUGCACUGCGUACAGGGGCAGGAUGUGGGUGGAAAAGAAGAGACGUUUUCUUUUCGACUUUGACCUCGUUCGGAAGAGGUGAAGAUCACUGCAGGUGCAAUAUCGGCAGUGUUAAAACAAGUCUUGCAUCGAACUUUAGAUAUUUGCUUUCGCACGAAACGAUGUUUGUUACUUAGUAGUUUGUAUUUUCAGGGAGACAUAAAAUACAAACACGUUCUUGUUUUUCCCAGUGCACUAUGCGUACUUAGCACGAUUUGUGACAAAAUUUAAUUUUAGAUUUUGGUUUAGAGGGGUAAUGUGGGCGUCAGACGACCGCUUUUCCGGUGUGGUUAGGCAGCUCGAUGGGGAUUAAGACGGGGGAGGUAACUCAUAUCCCAUAAUGGAAUAUCCAUUUGUACCAAACAUUUGGAUGAAUUACAACAUCUAAGAUGCAAAAUCUGAUAUGGCCAGCGAAACAUUUUCUACAGUGCGAAACGCAAACCAUUCGAGGAUACAUUCAUACAUAUAUUAUGCUUAUAGACUCACCUUUCAUUUAUUACAUGUGAAAAUUUUCUACAUCGUCUUCCUACAUCAUGUGCAAGUUAGUAAACGCACUGCCUCAAAGGUCCUAGAAACUUGACGUCUUCGUGAAAAAAUAUAUACAGAACCACAUCAUACAACUACACGGACAUGAUAUUCGAUGCAAACUCUGCAGAGAUAUUCCCGACAGGGCUCUUCAAACACAUCGGGGAAAGAGAU